AUGGCCAGUAUCACGGCCGGUGUGCCCUUUGGAUUCGGAAUGGUUCUGGUGUUCUUGAGCAUUAUGAACUACCUGAUCGAUGCCUACACGAUCUUCGCUGCAUCUGUUCUGGCAGCCAACUCAGUCCUACGUUCUUGGUUCGGUGCCGCGUUCCCCCUAUUCAUUACCUAUAUGUAUAACAACUUGGGCAUCCACUGGGCUUCCUCGAUCCCUGCAUUUCUGGCUCUCGCCUGCAUGCCAUUCCCUUUCCUGUUCUAUAAGUACGGCCCCGCGAUCCGCCAGCGUUGUAAGUUUGCGGCCCAGUCUGAUGCCUUCAUGCGCAAGAUCCAGGAGCAGGUCAAGGCAGAUCCGGUGGAGGAAGACGAGAAGGGAGAAUUUUUCGAUCGCACGGAUGACCCUGCGCCGCAAGGGUCGACUUCCAGCGAGUUUGAAUCCGACGCCGAUGGGCUCACGGCCACUGGGCGCAUCCCCAGCCACGCACGUUCGACCGUCUCCGCCCGCACUGCUAGCUUUUUGCAUCGGACGCAAACCUACGGAGGCAACCCUUACAAUGUUGACCGCGUCAACACCCGCGAGCCCUUCAAUUAA